GACAGCUAAGGUGGCAGAGUCUUCCAGAUGGCUGAAUUGGAUCUCAUAGUUCCAGGGCCACUGCUCGGAAUCACUGCUCACCCUCUGGCCACUCUCAACCCAGACUCUGAGCCAGAGAACCCAGGAAAAAAGGCCAUGGGUUCCGUUGUGGAGCCUCAUGGAGAGACUGAAGGGAAGAGCGGCUCUGCAGAGCAAGGGAAUCCUGGCAGUGACAGAGAGGAGGAGAUCUUAUGUGACUUCUGUCUUGGGGACAGCAGGGUGCGGGCAGUGAAAUCCUGCCUGACAUGUAUGUUAAAUUACUGUGAGGAGCACUUGCGGCCACACCAGGAGAACAGCAAACUGCACAGCCAUCAGCUGACUGAGCCGGUGAAGGACCAAGACCUCCGCACCUGCUCUACCCACCACAGCCCACUGGUUACCUUCUGCUGCUCCGAUCUGCAGUGCAUCUGCCAGGAGUGUAGCCAGGGCGACCACAGGGACCACACCUUCAUCACCCUGGAUGCUGCUCGAAGAGACAAGGAGGCUGAACUUCGGUGCACUCAGUUAGACCUGGAGAGGAAACUCAAGUUGAAUGAAAACGCUAUCACUAGGCUCCAAACCAACCACAAAUCUAUUUUGGUGUCUGUGUCAGAGGUGAAAGUGGUGGCUGAGGAGAAAUUUGGGGAACUCCUUGCUGCAAUGAGGAAGGCCCAGGCUGACGUGAUGCUCUUCUUAGAAGAGAAGGAGCAAGCUGCCCUGAGCCAGGCUAAUGGCAUCAAAACUCAUUUGGAGCACAGGAGUGCUGAAAUGGAGAAGAACAAGCAAGAGCUGGAGAGAAUAUCUGCCCUUAGCAAUACUGUCGUGUUCCUGGAGGAGUACUGCAAAUUUAAGAACAUGGAGGAUAGUGCCUUUCCUAGUGUCUACAUAGGAUUCAUGGAUAAGCUCUCAGGAAUCCGCAAGCUCAUCAUGGAUUCCUCCGAACACUUAAUCAAUUUACUACAAAACUACAAGAAAAAUCUCCAGGAGUUUGCCAAAGAAGAGGAAUAUGACAUCAGAACUCAAGUAUCUGCUAUUGUGGAGCACAAGUAUCGAACUUCAAAACCUGAGCCCACUACUAGGCAACAGUUCCUCCAAUAUGGGUGUGACAUCACCUUUGACCCUGAUACUGCUCACAGAUACCUCCGGCUGCAGGAGGAUAAUCGCAAGGUCACCAACACCACACCCUGGGAGCAUCCUUACCCAGAUCUCCCCAGCCGUUUUGUGCACUGGCGGCAGGUGCUGUCCCAACAAAGUCUAUACCUGCACAGGUACUAUUUUGAGGUGGAGCUUUCUGGAGCAGGCACCUAUGUUGGCCUGACCUGUAAAGGCAUUGACCGGAAAGGAGAAGAACGCAACAGCUGCAUUUCUGGAAACAAUUUUUCCUGGAGCCUCCACUGGAAUGGGAAGGAGUACACAGCCUGGCACAGUGACUCAGAGACACCUCUCAAAGCCAGCCCUUUCCGGAGGCUGGGGAUAUAUGUCAACUUCCAGGGAGGGAACCUCUCCUUCUAUGGGGUAGAGGCUGAUGCUAUGACUCUGGUUCACAGAUUUGACUGCAAGUUUUCAGAGCCUGUCUACCCUGCCUUCUGGCUUUCUAAGAAGGAAAACACCAUCCGGAUUGUGGAUUUGGGAGAAGAACCUGAGAAGACAGGACUAACCUCAGCAGGAACUAUGUCCUAGAUUCCCAGAUUUUUGCUCCAGGCUGCACUGUUGCCUAUGUUUUAAAUUAUUCUCAGGUGAUCAAGUCUCCUUCUAAUGAUAUAUUUAUGUCAAUCAAGUUAACAUCACACUGUAUUCAGAAUCAGUAACCAGGACUCUUCAGAGCAAUCAAAAAGACUGUACAAAAUUGUAAUAAAUUUCUAACUUGUGUAUUUCCUAUGUCCUGGAGACUGUCCUGAGUGUUUUCUGUCCUUUAUUUCACUCACUCCAAACUCCCAACUGCCCCAUUGUGUAAAUGCUCACAACAGCUCCUUUUUGCAGAUGGAAAAUCAGUGGGCUAAGGUAGUCAGCUAAUUUUCUCAUGGUCACUUUGGGUGACACAGUAAAUGAAUGGUAGAGUUUGAGUUCAAAUGUAGGAGACCAGACACUAAACUUGUUUAAGAAGAAGGGCCUUCCCAUGUGGUGCUCAGGAGGCCCUGGGUCCUACCUAAGAUUCUUAGUCAACUGGACUGGAGGCUCAAUGUGAGGACCUGAGGAUGCUUUGCUGUUUGAACCCUGUGGUGCUGGAGAUUACUGGGUCAUUCACAUGGCACUUGCCAAGCCCGGUGGUGCUAGAAAUCUACCCUCUGUACUAUCUGACAUUGAAAAUUUAACCACUACCCAUGCUUUUUAUUAGAUGAUGGGUGUUGCACAUAAGGUAACCAUUUAUAAAUAAGUUACACACCAGACUCCCUCUUACAGUUUGCAAGUAUUUUGGCAUUUCCCGUGUUUCAUGGGACCAUGCAGGUAUGCAGAGACAGACAAUUUACUGUGUCAAGCACAGAAACUUAUCCUAAUUUUAUCUAUUAAACUGUAUUUUAUUGAGGAACUCCCCAAAGAAAGAAGAAAAAUGAGAGAAGAAGAAUCCAAUUUAAUAAAGGAAUAGAAACUAUACACUCCUAUUGAAUUUAAUCAAAGUAAAGUGAAAGUAAAGUGAAAUUUACCAGUUACA